AGUUGAUGCACACGCAUACGCUUCAACUCUCCGAGCAGCUGGUGCAGAGCAGCAGACAUUUCUCUGCUGAGUUCCUCUCACAGAUCGGGCUGUUAAGACAUACAGGCUGGAGGGAGGCCUGGGGUCCGGGCUGCUGAGGAAGCUUUCUUCCAGGAAGUCUCAUCAGCGUAACCAGCGUCCUCAACCACAAGAGGCUAAUGAAAUGGGGGGAAGUGGAGAUGACAGCGGUUCGUCGAGGCUGAGCCGUACAUUCUCUCGUCUGAGCAGACAUCAUUCCCGGGAUCCUCCGAGACCUCCAGCUCAGCCGGAGAGACUUCCUGCUCAGCAAGAUGACAGGCCACCUCCUCCACCAGACCCUGAACCAGCUCCUGCUCCUCCUCCUGCUCCAGCUCCUCUACCUGUUGCAGCACCACCUAAACGUCCAGAUAAAGCCACAAAGCCCAAACUUCCCCCCAGACCGCUGUCCAAGGUGUUCAGCAGCAAUGAGCACGGAUCUGCUGUGUUGCAGGGCUUUGAUGCUUUUCGGGCUGAUGAGACACUCUGUGAUGUCGUCUUGGUCCCUGGAGACAGCACAGACACUUUCCCAGUGCACAGAGUCAUCAUGGCUUCAUCCAGUGACUAUUUCAAGGCGAUGUUUACAGGAGGCAUGAGGGAGCAGGAGAUGAGAGAGAUCAAGCUGCAUGGAGUCACUAAGUUGGGCUUAAAGAACAUUAUAGACUUCAUUUACACAUCCAAAGUCAACCUCGACAUGGUUAAUCUCCAGGAGACUCUGGAGGCGGCAAACUUCUUGCAGGUCAUGCCCGUCCUGAGCUUCUGUAAUCAGCUACUGAGCAGCGAGAUCACUAUUGAUAACUGUGGGGAGGUGGAGCGCAUCGCCACAGACCUGCUUCUGAAGGACCUCCAGCUGAAUAUAGGUGAAUUUGUGCGACAGAACCUCUCGGCGUUGGUAGAGUGCGACCGCUACCUCCAGCUAUCUGAAACCAGCAUGGCCAACGCUCUGGCCAAAAACUCCCUGCAGGGUUUCUCUGAGUUGGAGCUUUACCACAUCGCCAAAGGAUGGUUGGAGUAUGACUACCCCAACCGCCGCUCCUCUGUCUACGGCUUGAUGCGCCACAUUCGCUUCCCACUGAUGAGCCCCAGCGAGCUGAUUCAGAUCUCCCAGGAUGAUGAAGAAGGAGCAGAGUCCAUGAUGCGCUCGGACACGGCCUGUGUGAACCUGCUGCUGGAGGCCAGCAACUACCAGAUGAUGCCUUUCAUGCAGCCAGCCCUGCAGACCGAGCGGACUCAGAUACGUUCAGACGACACACACAUCCUGGCACUCGGAGGUGUGAUGCGACAGCAGCUGGUGGUGAGCCGGGAGCUGAGGCUGUAUGACGAGAAGAGCGGCAUUUGGAGGGCCCUGAAGCCCAUGGAGGUCCCACGGUACCAGCAUGGCGUGGCUCUGCUUGGAGGUUUCCUCUUUAUUGUUGGAGGCCAGAGCACUUAUGACACCAAAGGUAAGACGGCCAUAGACACCGCUUACCGCUACGACCCGCGCUUCGACAAAUGGCUUCAGAUCGCUUCACUCAACGAGAAGAGGACCUUCUUCCACCUGAGCGCUCUGAAGGGGAAACUGUUUGCAGUGGGAGGAAGGAAUACAUCAGGGGAGAUCGACACGGUGGAGUGCUACAACCUGAGGAAAAAUGAGUGGACAUUUGUGACCAACAUGGUGGAGCCUCACUAUGGCCACGCUGGAACAGUGCAUGGAAACCUCAUGUACAUCUCAGGUGGCAUCACCCGCGACACCUUCCAGAAGGAGCUCUGGUGCUACGACCCCGCCGCCGACACGUGGAGUCGCCGCUCCGACAUGAUGGAGCUGCGCGGCCUUCACUGCAUGUGCACGGCGGGAGAAAGACUCUACGUGAUGGGAGGGAAUCACUUCAGAGGCAGCAGCGACUACGACGACGUGCUGGGCUGCGAGUUCUACAGCCCGGACACCGACCAGUGGAGCGUGGUGGCUCCGAUGCCUCGGGGCCAGAGCGAUGUAGGGGUGACGGUGUUUGGCGGGCAGAUCUACGUGGUGGGGGGGUACUCCUGGAACAGCAGGUGCAUGGUGGACAUUGUGCAGCGGUACGACCCGGAGAAGGACGUCUGGGACCGGGUGUUCAACGUGUUGGAGCCUCUGGGGGGGAUCAGAGCCUGCACGAUGACCGUUCAUCUGCCCGAGGGGUCGGUGGACGAGGCUCAGAUUCAGGAGUGCCCUCUGCCCACAGACAAGAGCUGAUCAUGCACCAAAGAAGUUUCCGAUUUAGAUUCAAGGCUUUUGUUGUCAUUUGUACAAUAGCUACAGUGUAGCUAUGACAACGAAAAUCUUAGGUCACAGGCUCCUCCAACAGUGCAACACAAUAAAACAGAUAAUAGUGCAAGUAAAUACAAUAGAAUAUAAUAUAAUAUAAAUAGUGCAGAAUAGUCUAUAUACAAGUAAUUGGAAUAUUGAUAUAUAUAAGUUGCAAACAGAUGAAUGUUAUGGAUGUCUUUAGCCUUGAGUGUGAAGAAGGCAAAACAGGAAGCAGUGUGGGUUGCAAAGACAAGCAGGUGCAAGCGUGGCAAGCUAUUACGACAUUCAAGUGUUUGAAAAUGCCACGUCCCUCUAUAACACUUUGCUAUCUUUAGUGCCAUUUCCUGUCCUUGCAUUUUAUUGUCAGCCAAAGUCCCCUGCUUGUGUUUUUAGCUAUGCAGUUUCCACAUGUUAAACACACCUUCCAUCUUUAAUGUAAGGUCAAACCUCCCCCUCAAAUGACAUUUACUAUUGAUGUUUCACAGGUCAAAGACAUUGAAAUCAAUCACAUGAACCUCUAUAACCUUGGAAUUAACAGGAGUUUCCAAAUUCAGGGAUAGCAUUAGUCACUCUCUAAUAAUGUCAUGAAAACAAUGUUGUCCUUAUCCCACUAACAAAUACUUUCUUUGUUACUCAAUGGCACACGAUCAAACGGGGGAUCAGCGUAACUCAUAAUGAAGUGUGUCAAAAGCACAAUGUGGCUCAUUUAUGUGUUUCAGCUAGCUCAGAGUCAUGAGAUGUAAGCCAGAAGGAAACAUGUUUUUAUUAUGAUUGAGAUGUUCAAUUGGAAAUUCCUGAUGUUCCUUAACCAUGUAGUUCAAUCAGAAAGACACAUUUUCGAAAUAUAACUUAGUUUACGCACAGAUUCAGACAUGUAAAAAUGGUUUUGUAUAUUUAUGCAAUGUUUUUAAAUGAAAAUAAAGUUUUAAUGAUA